AUCAGCUUUCUUUUUCUGGUUUCGAUUCCAGAUCAGAUUGCUGCUUCGAGAUAUACAAUUUCUUCUUUCCUAGAGUACCUAUUUGGUGAUGUUGUGAGACACAUUUGUGUUUUAAGAGAGCUGCAUGGCAACAUUUGUAAAUCUGCUCAUGAAAAUGAGCCUUAGAGCUCCAGAAAGUGCCAUUGCUACUCACAUUUGAUAUAUUAUGACUUAAGUCCUAUGAUCAUGUUACCUGACAUAACCAAAUCUUCAGAAAUGGAAUCUGGUGAUAGUAGUGUGAAGUAAGAAUAUUCACUAAUGCUAUGAAUCCAUGUCAAGUAUUGCUUGAUUUGCAUCAAGUGACUUUUAAGGGGGUUGUUUGCAUUUAUAUUUGAGAGAAGGAAAGUUUGAAUGCUUGUGAGUGACUAUCUUUUUGCUUGUGAAACAUUGACUAGAAUUACCUUCUCAAGAAUACCUUUACACUGUUGUGACAGAGCAUUUACAAAAACUUGUAGUAGUGAACUACCACUCUGAAUAUUGUAUAGCUAUAAGAUAUUUUUUAGGUAUAGGAGGGACAUAUCUUGCACACAAUGCUGCUAUUCAUGGAGUUUUGGUACCACAUUAUGGACUGCUAUUGGUGGGCACGUAGUUAUGCUUUCAGCCUGCCUUGAUGAGCACAGAGACUGAUACUGUUCUCACAUCUAUAGAGUCUCAAUGGGUCCACUUCAUUGUCCCGUUCAUUACUAACUACACUCUAGAUUCACUUCAACCAUUGAACAAAGCAUUUGCUAUUGUGGCCUUUCCUUAUGCUUCUUUCUACUCUCUGGCGUCGCCAUCAUUCUCUUCAUAUGUCAAUUGUUUCCUUAGUGUAUAUCCUUGUUUUCUUUUUCCGAGAAAAGGUGACUAUAAUUGUAUUACUGAGUAAUAAAAUGUAUACAAAAUGGGACCCUCUUAGAGGGCACCCAAUACAAUCCCGAAGGGUAUUAAAAAUGGUGCAAAAGCAAAGUCACAACUCCAAGGAGGAAUGUGGCUGAUCUAACAAAAUCUAAAGCCCCCCAGGGGCAAUGAGAGUAGGCUCCCUCUUUAGCAAGAUAAUCAGCAUCAGAAUUGGCCUCCCGGAAAAUAUGGCACCACGAGAUUGAGAUAUCUUGUGACCAAUGAGAUAUUUCAUCAAAGAUGUCAUCUAGGCGCCACGGGCAGGGAGAGAGGCCUGAUGCCCAAGCUAUGACGUUCUUAGAGUUCCCUUCCACCAUUAGGGUGUGACCCCAGGUGAUGCGAAAUCUACGUAGACCUUCUAAAAGAACCAUGGCUUCGGCUACAGUUGAGUCCUUGAGGCCAAUGGGGCAGGGAAAGGCGUGCAAGAUCUGUCCAUCGGAUGAACGAAAGAGCUCGAAAGAGCCCACCUACUCUGGAGGGGCCGGGGUUCCUAAGGGAGCAGCAAUCAAAGUUGAGCUUGAGAUAGUUGGCUUAGCCCCCUGGAGUAAGUUGUGCCAGUUCCUAUAAAAAUCAGUUAAGGGGAUUCCUUUAAACAACCUGUGGUUCGUGGCCCAAAAAGCCAAGUUCCAGACUUUGUCAGCCAAAGCCCCAACUGAAGAUCUUUCUCCUCCGAAUAUCCUAUGGUUCCUUUCAAUCCACAAAACCCUCAGUGUGGCUAAAACAGAUGCUUUCCAAAGUUCUCUUCCUGCCUUGGGCCAGGGAGUGUAGAGAAAAGCCUGAUACAAGUGCGGAAUAGAGCUAGGAGUGACCCAAGUCCACUGGAAUAGGACCCAACAGGUAGGUCCACAGUUCUUUGGCGAAAUCGCAGUGAAGGAAUUAGUGUGCAUUGGUUUCUUCAUUCUCCAUGUACAAGGACCAUCUAUUAGGGCAUUGCAUUCCUCUUCUUUGGAGAAGAUCGAUCGUCAACAAUCUCUCAUGUAGCGCUAUCCAGCAAAAAAACCUGGAUCCUAGGGGGCAAAAAGGGGUUCCAAGCUCUUGAUGGCCAAUAAAUAUUCGGGCCAGCAGUGGUGGGGGUGAGAGAGCAAAAGAAGGAAGAGAUCGAGAACAUACCCAUGGGUGAUGGUUCCCAAAUAAUCCUAUCAUCACCAGAGGUUGGAAGGAAGACAUGAUGAAGAAUUUCAGCCAGCAAAUUAGUGUAUAUCCUUGAUGCAGAUCCAUUUGGCAGUUGGUCACUUGGGUAGUGAAGUUCAACCAUUACUUUCACUCUCUUUUGGAAGUCGAUGCAUAAGUUGUUGAUGGAAGAUGAAUGAAGGGUUCAUUUCUUUCCUGUUAUAGUUGCGUGUUGAUGCACCAUAAAUGUGUCUUUUGUAGAAGAAUUGACGAGAUAAGACAAACUCCAAAAUAUAAACAGAUAAGACAACAAAAUGGGGAACAGAUUUUAUUUAUUUUUAUUAAAUAUGAAUAUACGGGUUCAGGAGGAGUUCCAAGUGCUACAAAAGAGAAGCUUGUUUCGUUUAUAUCCAACUCAUUUAGGCAAGAAAGAAUACCCUUGAUCAGUCAAUCCACGUCACAUGAAGUGCUCCAGAAUAAUACCGUUGAGCCUUUGUGGCCUUACCCUACAAAAAGUAUGGUGGAUGGGUUUUCACCGUGGUUACAAUCUAAAAUAAGCUUUGUCCUGCUUCCUGCAGUGGAUCUGCCUCGCUCUUUGCCAUAUUCAAAAAUGAAAAAGAACCCCCAAAAAGUCUGAAAGUCCCCUCUUUCGUUGAUCAGAGUACUUUUAUAGACUCUAGAGAGAGAAUUUGUUGAGAAAGAUAACAUUUAACAUUAAAAAAAAAAACAUUUGUUGAGAAAGAUAGGAUUUGUUGAUGAUGUGAUGAUCUUUGGCCAUUCGUCUUCCAUUUUAAUGGUUGAUGGUGCUUUGAAACAUAUUUGGUUGUUAGGAAUCCUUCCAAUUGGAAUUUGAAUUGCUAUUGUUUAAAUUUGAAUCUUUUGGGAUUGGAAAUCAAAUUUUGAUUGAUUUGGCUGCAAUUAGUGUGUGGUGGGAAAAUCUUCUUCUUCAAUCUCCAUGCAGUUUUUGUUGAGAUCUUCAAACUUAUUCAAAUCUCAUUAUCGACCUUAUUUGAACUUAUCUUCAACCUUUAUUUUGCCUUAUCUCAAACCAAAGCGGUUUGGAAGAGAUAAGAGAACAUUCCCUACCUAUUGCAGUGAAAACUCUACUCGCGGGAAGCAUUGACCCUAACGGUCUCCAAAUCCAUUGAUGCCUGUCAAAGCCUCCAUUUAAGCUUAUCUCCAACCUUUAUCCAACCUUAUUCCUUGAGUUCCAAUGUAGAUCCAAAUUUUUAUUCACUCACGAGAUUUGGGUAGUCCGAGGGGACCAUCUCGACUCCUCUCUUCUCGAGAAUCCAUGCAUCCCCUAUUAGUGUAUGGACAACUAUCUCUCGAGCAAAGGUUGAGGUUCGGCCUCAAUGGGGAAAAUGGAGUACCUAACAACACAUAUUCAUAGACGAAGAACUAUGAGAUCACCCUUUUCAUUCUGGGGCGAUGGAGGGAUCAUACCAUUCGAGCUUUUUUUUUUUUCAUGUUUUUCCUUGAGGUAUGAAGAAAACAACAAUCAGUAGGAUUCCCCUAAUCUUCCCUUCCCGAAAGGAAGACCGUGAAAUUCUUUUCCUUUCUGCAGUGACCAGGAGAUUGGAUCUAGCUAUAAGAAGAGAAUAAUGCUUGGUAUAGGUAUAAAAAUGGUUCUAGCAUAAGAACUGGAAUUACCAAUGAAAGUUCUUACCAUAUAAGAGGAAGACAUAAUAAUUUUGAUAAAAAUAAAAUUUUUUAAAGUUUAUGCGUUCAAUGCAAGAAUCAACGUCUAAUUAAAUUGGGUACUCGUUCGAGUUAAGAUUGGAAGUUCGUUGUUAUUUGGAGCCAUAUAGCUCUAUCCAUUUUAGUCACUCGACCUGAAUAUAAAUUGAUUUAAUUUCCUUCCCAGAAUGAAAAACAAGAUUUUGUAUAGUUCUGGUAUGAACAGGUAAGAAUGAAGAUUCAUAGAGUUAUCUAUGGAUACGACAUGCUGCUUUUCCAUGUCAUUCUCUUUCAGGAUUAGUGGUUGUCUUACAAACCCGAUCAAUGGGAUGGGUGAAUCCAUUGCUUCAUCCAAAAAGCUUGGUGUUAGGCAAAGAUAAGAUCAAGUUUCUGAUCUCCCACGGGAAAACUUUAACCAUGGGAGACCCAACUCAAUGAAUUUGAAUUUCAUUUGAUCUUUAUCCUGAAUUCCUUCCCUCGAUCUUCUCAGUUUUCCCUUAUCACCAAUAGCUUCAUGGGUGAAAUAGGGUUGAGAUAGGACCGUGGUGAAAUAGGACCGUGGGGGAGUUCAAGCUUUAAUCUUUUCAUAACUGCGGUGAAAUCCAUCAUUGUCAUCACCUAGAGCCCCCACGGUGAAGUUUCAUCAAAUACAUCGAAGGUUUUGUAUGACCCCUUCUUAAUGCGGUGAAAACUUCUUCAUGUCACAUGACUACAGUGAACUGCAGUGAGAACUCUUCGGGUGUUACAGAUCACACCAAACAGGUGUCCACCUGUUGGGAUCAACCAUUGGCCUAGACUUAGAAUUUGUCCAGCACUCCAGCCUUAACUAAGAGGCAUGACAGAAUCAGAUUGUAUAUCUUGCACUAGCUUUCUGGCUACUGAAUUGGUGUAGUUGUGAGCUUGGCACCCACUAGUCAAGGUCACUUUUUGCCCUUGAAUCUUCACACUCUGUUGCCUUAUCGAAGUACCCCAUACUAUUGGAAAUUUUGGACUUAGAUGCUGAUCCACCUUCUAGGGUUCUAUCCAUUAUUGAGAAGACAAGGAUCCUCUUACUCUUUUUGACACUUUUGCACAGGCACAACUAUUGACUUAACUGCUUGCAUCUGCACUACUGGAAAUUUUGGAGGUUGGAACUCUCUCUUGUUUCCUCAUUUUUGUUGUUGUAGAUCUCAACAUGCUUCUGAGUGAUAUGGCCUAUCCUUUCACAUUUUUUUGUUUUUUUUGGGUGGACACCCAGAUAAAUUUUAAAAUUUUGGUGGCAUCAAGUCCUAUGCACCGCAGGUUUCCAAUCUAUUGGUAAUUGUGUAGUUUGUGUUAGCUUCCCAAGGAAUCCAAACUUUUCACUCUACUUGAUGGAAUGGCUAUAGAAAAAACAUACAAAAAAGAAAAUCUCAAGUCAGACCAUAGCUUGGCAUAUAUUCUUGGUUUUAGUAUAACAUUUUCUAGAACCUUUUUAAAUCAUUGGGUUUUCCUGUAUCAUUAUCAUGCUUAAUGUUCCCUAUACUUAGUAUGUUAUGAACAUGUUUUCAUAGCUUCUCUUUCGUAAUAGGACAGUCACCUAUACGUUCUAGCCGGUUGUCUUACAAUAAAGUAAAGAGGUGCUUCUUAGAGCUAUUUGAUAAUCAAAAUGCAGCACGUCCCAGCAACUAUUGAGGAACAUCUUCUUUUAAAAUCAAUCAAGGAAGAAUCCCCUUGGGAGAAUCUACCUAAAAGGCUUCAAGCGACCUUAUCUACAAAGGAAGAAUGGCACAAAAGGGUUAUGGACCAUUGCAUCAAAAAGCGCCUUCAGUGGAAUACAUGUUUUGCCCGUAAAGUCAGUAAAGAGGGGGAAUACUAUGAGGAGAUGAUGCGCUAUUUGCGUAAGAAUCUAGCGCUGUUCCCUUAUCACCUUGCGGAGUAUGUCUGCCGAGUAAUGAGGGUGUCACCUUUCCGAUAUUACUGUGACAUGAUAUAUGAAGUUAUGAGGAAUGAGCAGCCAUAUGACAGUAUUCCAAAUUUCAGUGCUGCAGAUGCUUUACGACUUACAGGAAUAGGAAGGAAUGAAUUUAUUGAUAUAAUGAACAAAUGCAGAUCAAAGAAAAUUAUGUGGAAGCUCAACAAGUCGAUAGCAAAAGAGUUGCUGCCUAGCCAACCGGCUAACUUUACAAUAGAACCAUGGUGGGGUGUAUGCCUUGUUAAUUUCACAUUGGAGGAAUUCAGGAAACUGACUGAAGAAGAGAUGGCUACAAUUGACAAAAUAUGCAAGGAGGAAGCAAAUGCUUUUGUUCUUUUCGAUCCUGAAAUUAUAAGGGGACUUUAUCGCCGAGGAUUGAUCUACUUUGAUGUGCCUGUUUAUCCAGAUGAUCGUUUUAAAGUUUCUCAGUUGGAAGGUUUCAUCUCCAACAGGGAGCAGUCAUAUGAGGAUCCUAUUGAGGAGUUACUCUAUGCUGUUUUUGUCGUUUCGAGUGAGAAUGCCACUGUUGCUGAGCUGGCUGCAACAUUACAGGCAGAUCUUUCACAGCUUCAGGCUGCUGCAUCGUUUGCUUGUCGACUGGGCUGGGCUGUAAAAGUACUUGACCCAUCUUCAGUUCUUCAAGAAUCAAAUGGACCGGGCUACAUUAGUAGCAUACUUAGUGAUGAAGAAGAUGGCUCUCAUGCCAGUAUGAGCUCUGCAGACAUGUCUGCUGAUGGAAACGCCGUUCCAGUUGUUGAACGUCAAGGACCAGAUAAAUUGCGGACGAUUUCUGGCCCUGUCCGUGUUGCUUUUAUUGUUGAUGCAAAUAUCACAUCAUUUCUUAUGAUGGGCUCUGUUUCGCCAGGCCUGAAGUCUCAUGCCGUAACACUAUACGAAGCAGGAAAACUAGGUGAUGCUAGCAUUGGGGAGCUUUGUAAAGAUCUUCAAUCACUAGAAGGCACAAAAUUUGAGGGUGAACUGCAAGAAUUUGCCAAUCAUGCAUAUAGUCUUCGAUGCACUUUGGAAUGCCUGAGAUCAGGUGGAGUAAGUGCUGAUGUGGCUGUGGAUGCCAAUGAUACAAUGGGAAUUCUCACUUCAAGCUCAGCUGAGGCUGCUUCUGGUACAGAUGAAAAUUUCAUAGAAGAAUCUGCUAUCUAUUCUUCAACUGAAGUAGAAGAAAAGAUCAAUGAUCAUCCUCUGGAUUUAUUAUCUUCUGGAAGUGUUCAAAUUGGUUCUCCUGCGGAUUCUUAUUUAUUAAAAAGUGUUGUGCAAGAAGUUGGAGCCAUUUCACAUUCUGAUUACGUGAAUCAAAACGGAAAUUUGGAUAGAGAGAAUGAUUUAUGGAAAGGUGGAAAUACUGUCCUAACUGAAAGUUUCAGUACUGGACAGAACACUAUUAAGAAGAGAAGAAAAUAUCGUGUGGAUAUUCUUCGUUGUGAGAGCUUGGCUGGUCUCGCUCCAGUAACACUAGAACGAUUGUUUCAUCGUGAUUAUGACAUCAUAGUAUCAAUGGUUCCCCUUCCUUCUUCAUCAGUUCUACCAGGACCUUCUGGUCCUAUCCACUUUGGCCCACCCUCUUAUUCGUCCAUGACUCCAUGGAUGAAACUGGCACUGUAUUCAACUGUGGGUAAUGGACCUUUAUCAGUUGUACUGAUGAAAGGGCAGUGUCUGAGAUUGCUUCCAGCACCCUUGGCAGGUUGUCAAAAAGCCCUAAUAUGGGGAUGGGAUGGAUCUGCAGUUGGAGGUUUAGGAGGGAAGUUUGAGGGUAACUUGGUAAAUGGUAACAUACUUCUGCAUUGUUUAAAUUCACUUCUGAAGCAUUCAGCUGUGCUGGUAAUGCCUCUCAGUAAACAUGAUCUUGAUGACUCUGAAAGGCCAAUUACGAAGGACAUCCCAUUGCCUCUUAGAAACGUCAAUGGGUCAAUUGCCAGUGUAGGGGAAGAAAUGGGACUAUCAAAAGAGGAAACGACAAAGUUGAACUCCUUGUUGAUAGAUUUGUCAAACAAGAUAAAAUUAUUGACAAUCGGUUAUAUUCGCCUAAUAAAGCUAUAUAAGAAAGAUGAAUCUGAAAAUGCCUCUCUUGAUGGGCAAACAUAUGACUGGGUUCCACUUAGCCUUGAAUUUGGUAUUCCACUUUUCAGUCCAAAAUUGUGUGGCCUGAUAUGCAAUCGGGUCGUGUCCUCCCAGUUGCUUCAAACAGAUUCACUUUUUGAUCAUCAUGAAGCCAUGCAAGCUCUAAGGAAAAGGUUACGUGAAACAUGUAUGGAGUACCAGGCAACUGGUCCUGUUGCGAGACUUUUAUACCACAGAGAACAACAGCAUGCAAGGGAUUCAGAAUCACCCCGCCAACUUGUAAGCUAUGCUAGUGGGAGAUGGAAUUCUCUUUUGGAGCCUUCCUUGUCAAUAUCGAGAAGCUCAAGUGAACAUCAGCGACUCAAACUGUUAAAUCGGCAAAGAUGCCGAUCUGAAAUUUUAAGUUUUGAUGGUAGCAUUCUCAGAUCAUAUGCUCUUUCCCCUGUGUAUGAGGCUGCAACAAGGCCCAUUGAUGAGCCUGGUCUUCAGGAAGGAUCCACAGUUACGAAACCAGAACCUGAUGAUUCUGAGAGCAAAGUUGUUGUUCUCCCUGGUGUAAAUCUAUUGUUUGAUGGAUCGCAACUACACCCCUUCGACAUUGGAGCUUGCUUGCAAGCUCGCCAACCCAUUGCAUUGAUAGCAGAGGCCUCCAUAGCUUCUGCGGCCCUUCACCAAAAGAAGCCCUCAUAGUCCCUUUGAUUGUUAUUCAUGGUGUGAAGGCUGAGCACAGUUGCUGUGCCUUUAGAAGUGAUGCCUUUAGUGGCAUCACGUUUUAACAACCAAGUAGCUCUGUGGAUCCUAGGCCGAAUUGAAAGAUGACUGGUGUUAUGGGUAAGUCUCAAAAUUCAGGGUAAUCCAUGGUAGUUCUCCGGCUUUGCCAAGUAUUCAUUCACAAUGCUCGUGCAAAUUUAGGAAUUUUUGUUCGAUUGGAUGAUUCUUUAAUAUAUUUCGAUCCCCUCUUGUGAUGACCAUAUAGUUUGCUGUUUACUGGGGUGACUGAAGGUCACAUGUUCCUUGCAUUUCUAAGGAUUGAUGAUUAUCAAAAUCUGCGGUAAUUAUUCAAACAUACUUGUGAGUUUUUGCAAUUGCAAAUAUGCCAAAGUCAGGUAGUGUAUAGUGGAUUAUUCCGAAAACUGCCUAGAAUUCUCCAUGCAAAAGAACUGUGUAUUCCAAUAAAGACCGGUUUUUUCAUGAGAAGUGUUGCUGAUGAGCCGGAAUUAUCUUGCAGUAUAAAUGGCUGUUUUGUGAACUCA